AUGGAUACACCAACAGCAACAGAUGAGUUCCCUCUCGAAGCACUUCCGGCAGAGCUCAAGGUGGCCAUUUUCAUCCACCUGCCCAGCCUCGAUUUGGCUCGUUCGAUCGCGAGGGUGAGUCGCGAAUGGAGGCAGCUGGCGAGGGCGGCCUUCACGCGCCGCGGCACCGACGCCCUCGACCAGGUGGUCCUCGUGCAGCGGUGGUGGCGCGCCAAGCGCGAGGCGGCCUUCGCCCACGAGCUACAUCGUCGAGUACAGGCCUUCGAGAUGGCAAUCGAUACAGCCAAGCGAAUCGUGGCGCCCAAGAGAACGUGCUUGGAACUGCGAAGGCUGCUACUCGAGCUCAUCGCCCAAGACGAGGAAGAUGGCCAGCCGAAGAUGAAAUCUUGGUCUGCACCAUCAUCAUUCUUCGGUGGCGUGGUCUCAGCGAUUCUGGCCAGGCCAAGGAAGAACCAGGCCGGGGUGAGGUUCACGCGAGAGUUGGUGGAGGCUCUUCUGCCUGAGCAGCUCCUACUUGACCUCAUCGCACCAUUCGAGCGAUUCAUCGCAGACGCCAACGUAGCGCUCCGCGCCGCCAAGCAAGACACAGCCAUCUCCAACAACAAGAAGAAGGAGAAGGAAGUAGACGAUGAAGGCGAAGAAGAUGAAGAAGCAGCAUCUGAGACCGAGGCUGGGCAACGACAAGCCUUUGCGGCACUGCUGACGCGGCUGUUGAACGAGAGCAUAAGUCCCAUCGGCGCAUACCUCACCCACCUGCGUACCGAGCGCGUCCGUGAGCGCAUCACCUCACUCUGCAAGGAUGCGGACCUGGAGGGAGACGCGCGGUACUGGACCCUCUUGUCGCAACACUUCGCCUCGCCGCCGCUCAUCGCCGCCAUUCCGGACCAACUGCUCGACUUCGUCGACGACCCCAGCUACGGCUACGUCUACCCGGCGAGCGAGCGGGCCAAGGCGACGCGGACCGGCAUCAACACGUUCGGCUUCGUGUUCGCCAUCGGGUGGGGCAGCAUCAUCGUGCGCGUGUCGAUGGCCAUCAACCAGCUGGUCGCCGACACGGUGCCGCCGCACCCCGACCGCCGCAACCUCGCCCAGCUGGCCAGGCAGAUGCAGGUCUUCUUGAAACUUUUGGACAUUGCCAGCUCCAACACGCCUCUGUGCUAUGACUGA